AUGGCGAGUAAUGCUCUGACGGGAUCUCCUGAGACAACUAAUGGAGCUAAGCUACGAAGGCUUCUCGUCGAUGGUGGGACACCAGCUCUGAGAAAAAAUUUCGAUAAAUACCAUCCUCCCGAAAAUUUGCGCAAUAGUCUGAAGCCAUACAGAGCUAAAAUUGAGGUAGACUUUGGCCAAAGAUACCUCACCAGAGAGCAGAAAGAAUUGCUGUUCCCUUCUGAUGGAUCCGAUCCAGAUUCGAAGAACUUUGAUAUUUCACUGCUCUUCUACUUGCUAUCGACCACAUGCCGCCUAACAGCUCCUCGGACAGGUUGGAACUCUGAACCACAUAAAAAGAACAGAUCUCUCCCUGCACAGCUUGUUCGUAUAAAGCUUCAUCGCAAUAAACUUUGUCACAUGCCCGAGACAGCUAUCGACGAAGCAAAAUUUGCUGAAUUGUGGAAAGACAUCAGUGGAAUUCUUCAUUCUCUCGGUCUGGAACAGGCAGCGAUAAACAGGUUAGAAGACGAGCCCUGUGGUGAAGAUUACAUCCGUAUUUUGCAUGAGUGGGCGGAUCGGGAGGGCGGAGUUCUCGAGGGCCAGAAGAAAACACAUGAAACACUGGAAAAAGUGCGUAAAAUGCAACAGGAGACAAGGAAAGAUGUUGGAACAUUAUGUCAGACCCAACAAACACAACUAAAGAUACUUCAGGAUACAAACGCAAUUGUUACGAUAGUUAGUAGAGCACUGAAAGAAGAACAGGAGGCCUCUGGUCAUAGACAUGAAGAAAUCAUGCUGUCAAUAAGCAGCCGAAAAGAAGGUCAAAAGAGAGGCAGAUCAAAUGAUGCCCUUCAGAAGCUUGUCAAGUGUGAUUUCAUAGGAGAAAUAAAGUUUCUCUUAGCACGAUAUCAGGAGGGCACCCGCGAGUGGGUUUUUCGCGAAGUCGAACACUGGUUAAAUGACAAAAAAUCUGAAAAUCGCGCGAUGGUGAUCACUGGAAACGCGGGCAUGGGAAAGUCUGUAAUUUCUGCUGCUAUUUGUAACAGAAUGCAAGCAGCUAGAGCACUCGCGGGAUACCACUUUUUUCAGCACAACAACCCACGUUACCGUUGUCCUAAGCUAAUGCUUCAGUCUUUGGCCUUUCAACUGUGCCAUGUUCUACCAAUGUUCAAAGAAGCUUUAGUGGAAAAGUUAACGGGAAAUAUAGGCAAAGAUAUCGACGCUAUGGAUGUGGAGGAAUUGUUCGCGCUUCUUUUGAAAGAACCUCUGAACACCUUAGCAGAGCCUGAAGGAAACCUGCUUGUGGUGAUAGAUGGACUUGAUGAGAGUGAGUACCAACAUCGAAAUGAGCUCUGUGACGUCAUCGCCACCCACUUUUUCAAGCUUCCUAGGUGGAUUCGAUUCCUUGUUACAAGCAGACCAGAGGAAACGAUUAAAAAGGUAUUAGAACCCCUUCGGCCUUUUCACCUGGAUUCAAACAGUGAACAAAACAAUAAUGACAUCAAGCUCUUCUUUGUAAAGAGACUAGAAAGCAUACCCAAAGCAGAAAACACCGAGGACAUUGUUGAAAAGCUUGUUGCAAAAUCAGAAGGACUCAUGUUGUAUGCACAUUUUCUUCUUGAAACGAUUGAAGAGGAUCCAUCAGUUCUUACACAAGGAGACGUAAACGAGAUUUUAUCGUCAGGAAUUUCUUCGGCCUACCACCGCUAUUUUGAAAGGUUGGAGAAGGAACUCAAGACUGAGUUUGACAUCAACGGGGAUUCUUUUUUGAAUUUCCUCUCUGCUCUUGCCGCAUCAAGAGAACCUUUGCUGAUCGACUUUGUUCCUCAAGUGUUGCUACUGAGUACUCAGUCAAGUGCUGCAAGCAAAAAGGUUCUUAAGGUCAUUAAGAGUGUGUCGUCACUUCUUCCCAUCCGUGAAAACCGCAUUCAUAUCUUUCACAAGUCAGUAAAGGACUGGUUGACGGAUAUAAGUUUUUAUGGGAGGCACGACUUCAGCGUUGACGAGAAAAAAGGCCAUCGUAAACUUGCAGACCUCUGCUCUACCGAAUUUGACUCUCUUUUACAAAGACGAGUUUUGGAGUAUGAUUUCACGCAGAUGAAUGACACGACAACGUAUGCCCUGCAACAUGGUGUUCAACACAUGCUAAAGGUUGACGAGGAGGCCAAAAGAGUUGACUUUGAGGAUUUUGUGAAGAAGUACGUGUUGAGCCCCGAACUUGUCUACGCCAAGUUGUGUGUAAAUGACAUAGUGCUAACGGAAGACGUUGCAAAUGUCCAGAUGCAUGAGAACUUUAACUCGUUGAGUAGAGAAACGAAAGCUUCCCUGAAAAGUUUGCUUUCCAUUCUGCGGAAGAACAGUUGGUCGGUGAUGGAGCUUCCGCAUGUCAUCUUACAGACAAUGGUGAACGCGAGCAGAUCAGUGCUAUCUUCAGAAGCUAAGAAACUCUUGAUUGAGAAAUAUGAUGAAAUAUCUUACAUGGAGCUGGUCAACAUGAAUGAACAGGAGUCAGUUGUGGAAGGUCAAUUUUACUGUUGGUCAACUGUGGUUUGUUUCGAUAUUUCACCAGACCAGGCUCAUAUGGUGUGUGAAUGUCGUAAGAAAGAGAUUCAGCUGUGGUCAUUGAAGAAUUGUAAAAUGGAAUGGAGAACUGGUCCCUCGAAGGAGGAAGAUUUCUUCAAAUUACUUCGUAUGGUACCAGUACCUGACCCUGUAGAUCCAACAAGAACAGGUCUUUCGACGCGUUCAUUUUAUCGAUCCGUUGCCUUUCAUCCAGAUGGAAAACAUAUACUGCCUGGAAACCUAUCCACAGUUUACACCAUUGACGGGGAACAGAAAGAGCUUUUCAGCAAGAGUAAUUGUAGAUUCUCUGUGUUUACAUUAUUAGGGGACAACGCUGCGAUGCUCACAGACUGUCCAAACAAUCUCAAACGCCUAGUCAUUUGGAGUCUGGAUUCUGGGGACGAAAUAUCUCGCACCACCAGAACUGAAGACAUUGUCUAUUUUCAGUGCUCUCCAGAUAAAAAUCUUCUAGCAGUCUCCCACUCCACGGGCUUACUAUGUCUGUUGGAUUUACAGAAUAAACUAACCGAGUUAGCAUCCAUAUCGACAACUACACCCUGGGGAUUUUUGACUUUCUCCGUGGAGAGUGAUGCUCUUGUUGGUAUGUGCAGAGUCGAAUAUGAUCAGCAACAUUUUCGCUGCAGAAUUACUACCGAUGGAUUUUCCCGAAAAACUUUGAGUGACUUCAGUGAAGAAGAGUUUUCCGGUGGCGAAAGUGGUUAUGGGUCUUUCCUCGACGGAGAUGCUACAGAAAGUUUGAAGUCGGCCUUGUCGAAAGUCAUUCGUUUCGGGGAAGCCGGAUUCCUAUUGAGGUUAAAGGGCGAACGUGCAUUAUUAAGUAGCCCAAAUCUUGACCACUUGAGUUUGAUAAAUCUGGCUAAAAUUCGAAAAGCCAAAACUAAGUCAGACACGCACGUUGAGGAUGUUGCUUUCCCUACUGAUGGUGAGAAUGUGUAUGUGGUGAGUCAGAGGCCUCCAACAGUGACCGUAUGGGAAUAUUCAACUUGGAAUCAAAAAGCAAAAAUCUACCCGACUUUCCCUUCGAUUUUGCCUGUGAAAGAUGGUGUUUUUGUUCUGAACGAUACAGUUGAAUUUUGGGAUGUUGAAUUGACGGAGUGUAAACGUCGGUGGGACAAGUUACAAGGGAUCGAGUUGCUACCUAUAUCAGAAGAACAAGUAGCAUGUUUGACCAAAGAUGGUACCGCUGUUGUCCUAUCUACCUCGGAUGUAUAUACCUCGGAUAGUCCUUCCGAAACCAUUAAAAUUGCUGAAAGGUGGAAAAUCAUAGCGAUGAACGAAAAAUUCCAAAUGAUAACCUAUGAAUGUACAGGAAACGACGGAAUCUUCGUGGAUUACGCUGUUCACCUUUCAGGCGCCUCGUUUUCAUCGUCUCUCGAAAUUGAGUCGUUUUCUAUCUGCGAGGAUUACCUACCAGCAGCCUUAUAUUCUCCCAAAGGGGAUUUCGUGGCUGUAUGGGCCUUCGAAACGGUAAAUAUCUACAAGGCAACUUCAGGGAAACACCACUGCAAGUUACCCGUAAGUUGUUAUGUAGAGGAUGUUAAAUUUAUCACGAACCGAACGUUGAUGGUCUGUUCGGACCAGAGUAUUGGUAACUUUCUUCGAAUGUUCGAUGUAGAUUCAGGGGAACAUUUGGCUUCGUUAGAUAUUGAAGAGACACCUUUUUGUCUUGGCGUGCACCUGAACAGUUUACAUGUUGCCGUGGGCCUAUAUGGAUCGGAUGUAAGGCUCAUCAAAGUACAUCUUCCAAGAAGCAGACUGUCUCACGAGUGAAGGUAAGAUAGUGGACACAGUCCUGAAUGGGUAAAAAAAAAACGAAUAAAAUGUUUCUACUAGUAACGCCAGGUUCGCGGCGACUUUUGAAGAGCUAAAGUCACAUGUCAGCACCUUGUCGCAUUGAACUUUGCGUGCGGGAAAUGCAUACUGAUCGUAUAAGGCCAGAGAUCACGGAAAAUCAGCUGUGAGUAAUGAUGGUUUAUUGACGAUAAUCGAACAUAAAAACAUCAGUUCCCGCUUGCACUCAUAAUAUCAAAGGGUGACUUAAACUUUGUUUACCAAAAAAUACGACGUAUGCUAGCUCUGCAAAGCUGAAUACUAGGACUAGUGAAAGAAGACCGCUAACGGCAUUUAUAUAUACGUCCACGUGUUAAAGCUUCUGACGUAAUUGCUACGUAAAAAAAUUGACGAACUAGCGAAGAGAAUUAAGGAUAAUCAUCAAAUGAAGAAGCCUGUUAACGUUUAUUACACUAUUUAUCUGCUUCAUUGGUCGCCAAUGUAUUUAUUCAUGUAUCUAUGAAAUUUAUUUCCUGUAUCUUCUUAAACUUGGCACCAAAAAUACUAUAGAUCAUACGGAUGGAUACUUCAACGGACUUGCUGAAUUAUACGGAAUUUCGUACCCUCCUACUCGCUAUGUGUUUUCAUCUUUGUUUGUUUUGUUAUGCUUUUUGUUGUAGCUUUUAUUUUUGUCUUUUUUCCUCCUUUUGAUUCCAGCUACGUGCAUCUCCUUGUGCGAUUUUUCAGAUACUACUUCAUUAUUCUUUAUUGUCUAGCUGCUAGCGCCCGUGGCAAAUAUGAAGCAAAUCGUGUGUUUUGAUUGAGCGGUUUCAUUACAAACCGUUAGAGUAUUUUGCAAGAGGAAAACAUGGCGAACCGAAAAAGCGAAACCUCGUGCUUUUCCUAGCCUACAACACGCGUGCGUGCAUUAUUACUUAAUCUUAGUUAAACAGAUAAUACUCCCCUAAAGUAGUUUCUUAUUUGUAACUGUCUUUACGACGGAGUUUAUUUACGGUUCCCUCUUCUUUCCCUGUUUUUAUCUCUUAGAUGCUGGCCUUGUUUGCGCGAACUAUGACGAAAUCUGGUGAGGUGCGGCUCAGAAAGACGAUUUUCUAUGAUAUGAUGACGAUGAUGUUUUGUUCAGACUGCGCAUGUGCACGGCAGAGGGUGCUUUAAUCGAAUCCGGAAAGACCAAAACUUCCAACCAUUUUCCGUUAACCGAACACAAUCAUUUAUGCCUAAGAUUUACAGUGCUAUCUGUUGCGACUAAAAAAUAUUUCUGAAUUUCUUGUAAAUAUAUGUUAUGCACUAUUUUCACGUAUUUUGAACUCAUCAGUUACAAACCAAUUUAUUCCAUACUGGAACAGUUUUCAUUUGUAAGGGAUCUUCCUGAACGGUACCUUGGGAAGAUUGAUAGUUAAUAACUAUAAUUAUUUUUUGUACAAAAUGGUUUUGUCUUAUUUUGUUUUUUCUGUUUUGAAGGUGUC